CCAAAAAUACUCAGGGGAGACCAAGACGAGAAUCCCGAACUGUGGGAAUACGAACCUGCAAACUCUCUUUCUUUUCUUCUUCCUCUUUAUCGUCAAGUCCUUCAAUUAUCAUUGCGAGCGAUGGGAGAAGGACCAUUGUGGUGAUUGCAACUCGUUCUUUUACCUUUCUUUGUCAAUGGAGACUUAACGAAGAUACGACGACCGAAUAGACAACUUCAUUCCCUUGACGGACGAACCCACAAGACGCUUGAUGCGUACCCCUUAUUACGACACCAACAACAUCAAUAUUGAGCUUCUUGCAUUUGCAGCACUCGUUCGACCAGCAAAUUUCAAUUGAGGAUCUGCCACCGAUUCGCAGAUUCCUCUCAGCCAACAUUCCACGCCUCAACCCCGCCAUAAAGCCACCUCCCUACGCCCUCACCCUCACCCUCCAUCAGCCACCACUCCCUUUACAAAACCCAAAUGUCCCUCCGCAGUCCACGAUCACCCACUGAUUUCUCUCGCCGCGGAUUCCAACCUCUGCCACGAGAAACAGAACCCUCAAAUCCAGCCAUGUCCUACUCACCCCCCGAACAAGUAGGCAUCCCCCUCACCUCAGUGCAAACCCGCUCUUCGUCCACCGGGGCCCGAAAACCCGGCGAGGGAGCCAUCUCCUCCUCCGACUUUGCAAACCAACCUACAUUCCGCGAUGACGAGAAGAAAGGGCUUUUCAAACGAAGUGGAGCCGCCGGGCGAAGGAAGGUCAAGAAGAUAAACAGCAAGCCGGUACGCGUUGGCACGGAUGGGGAAGAGAUUUCCGUCAAUGGGCUCGGUCGAUUCUACAAUAAAGUCGUCAACUUUAGUGUUGUGACGAGAUACCUGGUUUAUGUUGCCCCCAUAGCAAUGCUGAUCGCGGUCCCUAUCGUCCUUUUCGCGGUCCUGAACAACGAGGCCCUGUUUGCUGGAACCAAUAUCCGCGUCUACAUAUUCUGGACCUGGAUCGAAAUCGUCUGGCUGUCAAUCUGGGUCUCGAAACUGGUGUCCAAGGCCAUACCCUACGUGUUCAUGUUCCUGUGCGGCGUCGUGAGCUCGGGGACCAGGAAAUACGCCAUGAUUUUGAAGGCGGUGGAGAUCCCGCUUAGUUUGGUCGGAUGGAGUGUGACGAGCUUGGUUACAUUUACGGCGCUGACGAGUGCGAAGUUGAAUCAUGCGCCGACACUGCAUUGGGUUACGGUUGUGAAGCAGAUCUUGGGGCCGUGUCUGAUUGCGAGUAUUCUUUACUUGAUUGAGAAGAUGUUGAUUCAGCUUAUUUCGAUUAAUUACCAUCGACGGUCAUUCGAAGGGCGGAUCAAGGAUUCGAAGAGGAGUGUACAUCUUUUGGGAUUGCUGUUUGAGGCUAGUAGGACGUUGUUCCCGAUGUAUUGUCCUGAGUUCAGGGAGGAGGAUUAUGUUAUCAGCGACAGUAUCGAAGUCAUGCUCGCCAACUCACUUGGAACUCCAGGACAUAAGAGAUCUGGAUCUGCGACACCAAUGAAGCUUAUUGGAAAUAUCGGUGGUGGAAUUGGUCGUGUUGGAGACAAGGUUACAUCGGUUUUUGGCAACAUUGCUUCUGAAAUUACCGGGAAGCAAGUCUUCAACCCUAAUUCGGCACAUUCAGUCGUUGUCGAGGCUUUGGAAAAGACGAGAGCUUCGGAAGCGUUGGCAAAGAGAUUGUGGAUGUCUUUUGUUGUUGAAGGAAAGGAAGCUCUUUACCCGGAAGACGUAGAGGAAGUUCUGGGUCCAGCCAGAAAAGAUGAAGCUACAGAAGCUUUUGCUGCUUUGGAUAAUGAUGCAAAUGGUGAUAUCAGUUUGGAUGAGAUGAUUAUGAAGGUUGUAGAGAUUAGCAGAGAUAGGAAGGCUAUUUCUGCUAGUAUGCGAGAUGUUGGACAGGCUAUUGGUGUUUUGGAUCAAGUUUUGGUGGCCAUCUUGUUUGUCAUUGUAAUUUUUAUCUUCGUUGCUUUCCAAGACACAAACUUCGUCACCACCCUCGCAACAGCUGGAACCACUCUUUUGUCACUCUCCUUCGUGUUCGCAGCCACAACUCAAGAAUUCCUCGGUUCCUGCAUCUUCCUUUUUGUAAAACACCCCUACGACGUCGGCGACCGCGUCGACAUCGUCGGCCCAACCCAAGAAUUCCUCGUCGUCGAACAAAUCUCCCUCCUCUUCACAGUCUUCAAACGCAUCGACUCAAUGAAAAUGGUCCAAGUCCCCAACAUCGUCCUCAACAACCUCUGGAUCGAAAACAUCACCCGCUCCAAAGCCAUGAAAGAGCAACUCGACAUGUUCAUCUCCUUCGACACCUCCCUCGAAGACAUCGAACUGCUGCGCUCGGAAAUGGAAUCCUUCGUCCGCCACCCCGACAAUUCCCGCGAUUUCCAAUCCGACAUCAUCCUCGAAGCCACCGGCAUCGGCAGCAUGGAUAAGAUGCAACUCAAGAUCGAAAUCCGCCACAAGUCCAACUGGCACAACGAAACCGUCCGCGCGGCCCGCCGCUCCAAAUUCAUGUGCGCCCUCGUCCUCGCCCUGCGCAAGGUCCCCAUCUACGGGCCUGGCGGUGGCGGCGAGCCCUUAGGCGGCGCCACGAAUCCCGGGUACUCGGUCGCGGUCCCGGAUUCCUGGGCCGUCGACGCGAGAGACAAAGCCGCGAAAGCAAAAGAAGGCAAGAGACUCGUGCCCUCGAAAACAAAAGAGAAAGACACGGGAAGCUCCGGCCCCGCAAGCGAGGAGAAAGCAGCAGGGCAGCUCAACUCCCGCCGUCCGACAGAGGACCCCUCCGCGGCGUGGGGGGCGCGGGACGACGUCACGUUGGGUAGUAGGGAGGGGAGUCUAGAUCGGCAGCGCAGCCAGGAGAUCGAUGAGUUGAAGCAGACGUUGCUUAAGAGGGAAUCUACCAGGGGAAGACGGAGGCCGGGGGAGAGUAUGCCGCCGGUUCCUGGUUCGGGGGCGGGGGCGGGGUUUCCGGGAAUGAGUCUUACGCCAGCGGAUGAGAGGGCGGGGAUGAGUUUCAUGGGGAGCACGGGCGAGGUGACCAUUCCUGUCAAUCCUAGCCUUAGUCUGAGUGGACGUACGACGGUGAUCGGGGGUACGACUCAGAUGGUGGUGAGCGGGGCAACAGUGCCAUUCCGGACGAGUGGAGCGAUGAGCCCAGCGAGUACCGUAAGCAGUACAAGUACGAAAAAGAAGAACGCGGCAGCGGCGACGGGGGUGCCUGGACUUUUGGGCGUGGUUGUGGGUGGGAUGCUGGGGGUGGUGGUUAUGCUGUGA